AUGGUGGAGAAGCGCUGCCCGCUGCAGAGGGACGGCGUGUACCGCUGGUUCUCGGAGCUGCCGUCGCCGCAGCGCGUGGAGUUCCUGUGCGGCCUGCUGGACCUGUGCAUCCCGCUGGAGCUGCGCUUCCUCGGCUCGUGCCUGGAGGACCUGGCGCGCAAGGACUACCACUCGCUGCGCGACUCGGAGAUCAAGGCCAACAACCCGGCCGACCUGGGCAGCCUCACCAACCUGACGGACGAGGUGGUGCGCAGCAAGCUGCUGGUGUCGCUGGCGCUGCUGGGCUCGGAGCAGCGCGAGGCGGCGGGCGUGCUCUACCGCACGCUCACGCACAUCGACUCCAUCAUCCAUAACUACGGACUGCAGCUCAACGAGGGCCGCACGGGCGAUGAGUUCCUGCUGCUCUUCACCAUGGCCUCCAACCACCCGGCCUUCAGCUUCCACCAGAAGCAGGUGCUGCGCCAGGAGCUCACGCAGAUCCAGAGCAGCCUGAACGGCGGCAGCGGAGGAGGAGGAGGGGGAGGCCCCGGGGGCAAGAGCGCCCCCGGGCCUGGCAGCACGCUGCCCACCUGCCCGGCCUGCCACAAGAUGGCACCAAGAACUGAGGCCCCCGUCAGCAGCGUCAGCAACAGCUUGGAGAAGGCACUGCACACAUCGGCACAUUCCACGGAGGAGUCGCUGCCCAAGAGGCCUUUGGGAAAGCAUGGCAAAGUGAAUGUUGAAAAGAUUGACCUGAAGGGAUUUUCACACACAAAAAAUGACAGAAAUGUUGAAUGUUCCUUUGAGGUCUUAUGGUCUGAUUCUUCAGUAACAUCAGUAACCAAGUCUUCCUCAGAAGUGACUGAAUUUAUUUCAAAGUUAGCUCAGCUCUGCCCUGAGGAAAACUUGGACAAACUCAUUCCGUGCUUGGCUGGCCCAGAUUCCUUCUACGUGGAGAGGACCCACGUGGAUCUGGAAGCAGGCCUGCGGUAUCUGGCUUCAUUACCUUCUCAUGUGUUAAGAAAUGACCAUGUGAAGAAAUUCUUCAGCAUUUCAUCUCCCACCCAACAGCUUCAAAGUCCAGGUCCUGGAAACCCCUCCCUUCCCAAAGUGGGUGCCGUGAUGGGUGUGUCUGGAAGGCCCAUUUGUGGAGUGGCUGGCAUCCCAUCCUCUCAGAGCAGCAGCGCCCAGCACCACCUGCAGCACUCAGCCAGUGCAGUGGCUUCCCUGCCCCACUGCUCCCAUGCUGGGGGCACAGGCUCAGCGCUGGCUUACCGGACCCAGGUGGAGGCCUCAUCUGCUAUUCUGAUGCCCCCCAGUCUGCAGGCCCCUCAACCCCAGGAACAAAAUGGGAUUUUAGACUGGCUUAGAAAGCUGCGUUUGCACAAGUAUUACCCUGUCUUUAAACAACUCACCAUGGAGAAGUUUCUGAGCCUUACUGAAGAAGAUCUGAAUAAAUUUGAGUCCCUUACCAUGGGAGCAAAGAAAAAGCUCAAGACUCAGUUGGAGCUGGAAAAAGAGAAGUCGGAGAGACGGUGCCUGAACUCUUCAGCCCCAUCCUUGGUCACCAGCAGUGGAGUGGCCCGAGUUCCCCCCACCAGCCAUGUGGGGCCUGUGCAGGCUGGACGCAGCAGCCACUCCACAGAGCUGCGGGUGGAGGUGGAACAGGCAGCUCACCAGCUGCCCCGGGAAGGCAGCUCUUCUGAGUAUUCCAGCUCCUCCUCCAGCCCCAUGGGUGUGCAGGUGCGCGAGGAGAGCUCGGAUAGCGCCGAGGAGAAUGACAGACGUGUGGAUGUACACGUGGAGAGCGCUGACAAGGAGAAGCCUGUGAUGCUGCUGAGUCACUUCCCGUCCACUUCUGCCAGACCCACGGCCCAGGUUCUGCCCGUACAGAAUGAGGCUGGUUCUAGCCCAGCAGGCCACCAUCCCCUUCCCCCCCAGCUGAUGCCCACGGCCUCACACCUGGCACCUGUCCGGAUGCUGAGCUCUGUCCACAAAUCAGACAGGGGCAGCACGGACGUGAAACUCCUCUCAUCCUCUGUGCACUCACUUCUGUCCCUGGAAGAAAGGAGCAAGGGGCCUGGCCCCAGAGGCAGCACUAAAGUGGACAAGAGCUUCGGUGGUGCUGUGUUGGAUUCCCUGCCCUCCACGGCACCCCAUCCACCCGUGCAGGUCCUCUCUGGCCUUGCAGAGAGCAGCUCUGUGUCACCCACAGUCUCUUUUGGUCCCCGGGCCAAAGUUGUACACGCAGCCACACUGGACAGGGUGCUGAAGACCGCACAGCAGCCAGCCCUGGCUGUAGAAAGCAGCUCCGCUGCUACAGGAGCCCCGAGCACUGUCCUGCAUGUGGCCCGGCCACCCAUCAAGCUGCUGCUGUCCUCCUCCGUCCCUGCUGAUGCUGCCGUGUCUGGGCAGACGUCCUGUCCCAACAACGGACAGAUCAGUGUGCCCCCUGCAAUAAUCAACCCUCGGACUGCUCUGUACACAGCCAACACCAAAGUUGCCUUCUCCGCAGUGAGCAGUGUGCCCGUGGGCCCCCUGCAGGGCAGCUUCUGUGCCAACAGCAACACUGCCUCCCCCAGCAGCCACCCCUCCACGUCCUUUGCAAGCAUGGCCACGCUGCCCAGCUGCCCCGCCCCCAGCUCCAGCCCAGCACUCUCUUCUGUUCCCGAAAGCAGCUUUUAUACUGGUGGCACUGGCAGUGGUUCCACGGGAAACAUUCCUGCCUCAAGUCAAAACCACCAUCACCAUCACCACCAUCAGCAGCCGCCAGCACCCCCACAGCCCGCACCACCCCCACCUGGCUGCAUUGUGUGCACAUCUUGUGGGUGCAGUGGCAGCUGUGGCUCAAGUGGCCUCACCGUCAGUUACGCCAACUAUUUCCAGCACCCAUUCUCUGGGCCAUCCAUGUUUACCUUCCCCUUCCUGCCCUUCAGCCCCAUGUGCAGCAAUGGCUAUGUCAGUACCCAGCAGUACGGCGGCAGCUCUGCUUUCCCAGUUGUGCACGCCCCCUACAGCGGAAAUGUGACUCCGGACCCUGUCCUGGGUGGGCAGUCCACAUUUGCAGUACCACCCAUGCAGAACUUCAUGACUGGGACUGCAGGGGUGUACCAAACCCAAGGUCUGGUGGGCAAUAGCAAUGGCUCAAGUCACAAAAAGAGCGGGAACCUGUCUUGUUACAACUGUGGGGCCACCGGUCACCGUGCUCAGGACUGCAAACAGCCUUCCAUGGACUUCAACCGGCAAGGAACUUUUAGGUUGAAAUACGCUCCUCCUGCAGAAGGUCUGGACUCCACAGACUGAUACUUUCCUCUGGAAACAGAAUGUUAUUAAGCCAUGGAGACAAGGAAAAUUACAUGCAAAGCUGGGAAGUCAAGUUGCUGUUGAGCUUAAUAUUUUUAACCCAAAGGUGCUUUACUUUACUAGACUGGAUAGAAAAUCUAGCAUAGAAGUGCAUGGAACUCUAUCUCGUUGCCAAAAUCUUAGAUGGGAGGGAGCUUGAUGUCAGGACUUGCCUAUGGGCACCUCCACGGUGGUGCUGUGGCUGUACCCUUGGUUGCAGUAGAGACCUCCGUCUCCCGAAGAGCAUCGCAGCACUGGUCCUUCUAGGUUCACACACAAUUCCAGGGCAGCUACGUGUGACCUGAGUCAAAACUGAAGGCCGAGUUCUCCAAGUGGAGUUCCCCAGUUGGAUUCAAGACGCCCCUGGGUUAGGAAAAUGUCAACUUUGCUUUGUUUGCUAAAGUGAUUAGGCACUAAUCUCUGGGAUUUUUAAGGAUUGCACUACAAAAGAAUGUACCUGACUUGGCCUCUGCCAUCUUGGAGGCAGACUGUGCAGAGACCGUCAGUGCAGGACUCCAGUAAUUGGUAUGUGGAGUCAGCACCAGCAGGCUGCUCGGCUUAGUACACAACAGAGAUUUCAGUAUGUCCUUCCUACUUCAAACACUAGUAGCAGUUCCAGGUUUUCAGUUUCCUUUUCUGCAAAUAAAUUUGAACUACAUUAAUAAACAGAAAUAGUUUACUCUCAACAACUUCGUUUCUAAGGGUCCAAGUCCCAGGGAAUCCAGACGCCAAGGCUUGACACCGUCCCUUCCAGCUCAUUGGUGGCUUUGAACCUGUUCUUGCCACCAGGAACAUGUUCCUGCAGGACAUGGGUACUCGGCUUUGUGAUUGGCUGUGACAGAUGCUCCUGUCCUUUGGAAGCUGGCAAGUUGUGCUAUCUCAUGGCUUCUCCAGGUCCCCAGCCCAGAGCUUACUGCUGACGGAUUCACACUUGAGACAGACAUUUCAACAGUAAUACAGUUCCAUGAUUUAUGAACAAGAUUCCAAACUUUCUCCUGUCAACUUCUUUUGUAUUAGGCUGUGUAUUGAUAGUUAAUUCCGUUAAAAAAAAAAUUGCCUGGAAAACUUUAUAGAAAGAGGCAAGACUCAGCAACUACUCAGCAGACAGCCCAUGCCUGGGAGAGGUGGCACUUUCCAGGGGGAAUAAAAGUCCUUGCUGGGGACCUCUGCAUUUCAACCCACCAGAAUAAAAGCAUUUUGCUUUGAAAUUUAGGGACUUAGACAUUCAAGGUUAAAGGGAAUUUUAAGCUCAAAGAACAUCACUUAAAAUGCUAAAGCCUUCAAUAUUAAAAUAUUGACUGGUAAAGUCUUGCCAAGGAUUUUCCAGUUGCAUAUUUUUGGAGAAGAAAAUCUCAGUAUUCAGACCAUUCUUAAAAUGGGACAAUCAGCCUCAUGCAAAAUUGGUCAAAAUAAAUCACAGAAUACCCUAGAAUUGGAGGCAUUGUGAUACAAGGCUUCAAAUUUUGAGAUCAGUUUCCUGACUUGAUGGAAACUAAAGCAGAAAGUUGUUACUUUUUUUAUGAAAGGCUUUUAGUAGAGUUUUGUAGUAUUAUUUUAGUAGAGUUUUAUUUCUAUGCAAUGCAGAAUUGACAGACCUCCGUGUUCUUUCUCUGUUCAUGGUACAGUAUUACGUCCAGUUCUGAAGCGAUGGUGAUGCUUACAACAGCUGUUAGGGGAUGUUAUGUUGAUCUGACUUAGAAACACUACAAAUGUCAAAUAACAAGAACUGACACAACUUUGCCUUAAAGAGUACCAGACUGGAACUUGUCAUGUUAUGUUAAUAAGGAAGACUUCGAGUGUUCAUUGAUGUUUACGAUUUUAAUAUUUCCGAAGGCCAUUACAGUGGCCUGGAUAUGUGCUGAAAGCCAAACUUUUAAAAUUUUUGGUUUUUUUUAAAGCAAAGAAAUAUUUUAAAUAAAUCCUAUUUCAACACAGUGAAAUUGUUGAAAGUUGUCUCAUAGCAAAAGAAAAAUCACUUCAGUUUUUCGUUUUAGUGGUAAUAAGUGUUUGUUGUUAUCCUUACAACUAUUUUGAUAAAUACUAGAGGUUAACCUUAAAGACAACAAAAAUCUAAAAUGGAAACUUCCAUUUGAAUUAUGACAUUCAGAGUUGAGGUAAACAUAUUCUGACAUUGUUUCAGCUGUGUUCCAGUCAUCAGAGGUCUUUUGAAAGUGCUUGUAUGGUGUGACCUCUCCCAUGAGGCUGUCAAGAAUUGCCAAGACAUAGACAAAUACACCGUACAGAAGAGUCAGCUGCCAAUCCCCGAGAUGUCUCCCAAGGGAAUCCCAUACUUGAGAUGCUCGACGGUAUUUACUAGCAGUAUUAUCUCUGAUGAUGUCCUCUCCAAAGCAACCCAACCCAAGU